UUUUAUAUUACAAACAUGGCGAUAUCGACGAUUGACAAGUGAUUGUUUUGUGGUCUUGCUGGGAAUCGGUCGCAGAAAAGUGCAAUAAUAUUGUUUUCAAUGUUGGAAAUUAAACAAACGGGAGAAUGUGCAAUGUGACCUAAUCGAAAACGUGAUCUAAAUCGUUUUUUGUUGUGUUUUCGUUCAUGUGAAUCGGAUUUACCAUCGAAUGUUUCAGUUAUUUUUCUCCUCUUGAGAGAUGACAAUGGUGGUGCCAAAGGAGUGUUUCAUGAACCAGUGCUGAAUUUGCCAAUAAUUUUUCUCAGAUAAAUAUGAAUACGGAUUACGACUUUAACUCUGAAGAAAACGCAUCAAAAUGGAAGGGUCUUUUGACAGCUGCUCUGAAAAAAGUUUUGGAACAAGUUCAUCCGUCGUUAGGUGCGAGAGAAGAAGCUCUAGAUUACGUAGAGAGUUUGUGUCUUCGACUUCUGGGCAUGUUAUGUGCCAAACCUAGUCCACAUACUGUCCAGGAUGUUGAAUCACGCGUGGAGAACACCUUUCCUACACCCAUCGAUAGAUGGGCCCUUAAAGAAGCGCAAGAAGCUCUAGAAAGGGGAAAAAAGAAGUCAGUCCUUUUGUUACCCGUGGAUCGGAUUCAUAAUCUCCUGCAAAAGGAGCUGCUGUUGUACAAAGUUGAUUCGACAGUAUCAUUGUUUCUAGUCGCCGUCUUGGAAUAUAUAUCAGCAGAUAUACUGAAACUAGUCGGAAAUUACGCCAAAAAUAUCAAACAUGUUGAGAUUACGUACCAAGAUGUGCAGAUAUCCAUGAAAGUAGAUAAGGCCCUUAUGGACAUGUUCUAUCAGGAUGAAGGUGGAGGUAAUUUAAGCGAACGUUUAAGUGAGAAAUUAGUGUUAUCAGCACCGCGCACUAGUCUGACAUAUGAAGAAACAGUGAGAGAAUUAAUAGCUUCUGAAAAGGCUUACUUGAAAGAAUUGCAUAUGAUAAUUAAAGUUUUUAGAGAGGAAAUUAAGAAGCUAACAAAGGACCCAAAAGAUAUAGAGCACAUAUUUUCAAACAUUAUGGACAUUUAUGAAUUAACAUAUACAUUAACUGGUAGCUUAGAGGAUGUCAUGGAAAUGGCACAAGAACAAAUGCCGUAUAUUGGCACUUGUUUUGAAGAGCUAGCAGAAGCAAAGGAAUUUGAUGUGUAUUGCAAAUAUGGGCGAGAUGUAACAGAGCCAAGAUGUCGUCAAACUUUAUUAGAAUUAUUGUCGAGACAGCAAGCAACUGUUAAUACAGCUGGGCAAGGCAUGCCCCUGGCUCUAAAGUAUUAUUUACCAGCUUUGUUAACACAUCCAAUUUGGCAUUUUUUCUCCUACAUGGACUACAUUAGAUUAUUGAUUGGUUUAACCCCAGCGCCGGAAGAUAGAGAAAUGUUGACAGAAGUUCAGGGGAUGUUAAAACCUCUCAAAGAUGAAUUAACGCAUUGUGUACCGUCGCAACCGAAUCCUCGCGGAUCAGCUACAUUGAAUCAAGUUAAAACUAGACGCUCAGCUGCAAUAGAAAAAAUUCAAGAACUAGAAAAAAUAGUUGAGAACUGGGAUUCUAAAGACCUAGGGCAAUGUUGCAACGAAUUUGUCAGAGAGGAUGUACUGACUAAAGUUAGUCAGAAUCAGAAAAGACUGACUGAACGACGCGUGUUCCUUUUCGAUGGUUUGAUGGUUUUGUGCAAAACUUCAUCUCGAAGGCAAAGUUCUGUUCACCACACUCCUCAUACAUGUAGACUGAAAGAAAGGUUUUUUAUGAGAAAGGUUGAAAUUAGGGACCAUGAAGAUACUGAUGAGUUGAAACACGCUUUCGAAAUUAUACCUAGACAGACACCUAGUGUAAUGUUGUGUGCAAAGAGCCUGGAGGAAAAAAACUCCUGGAUGGCCGAUCUAGUCAUGUUAAAUAAUAGGUCUAUGUUAGAAAGAGUUCUAGAUAGUAUAUUGUCGAGGAUAGAGCAACAGCAUCCUUUGAAGUUGCCACCCCCGGAACUGUAUAAAUUUGCGGAACCCGAUAGUACUGAUAAUAUUCUUUUAGAACAGCUAGAAAAUGGUGGUGGUGUACCUUUAAUAAAGGGAGCUACAUUGUAUAAACUGGUAGAACGGCUUACGUAUCAUAUUUACGCAGAUCCAAAAUUUGUGCGUACAUUUUUAACCACCUAUAGGAGUUUUUGUUCUCCUACGACUUUAUUAAAUAUGCUUAUAGAAAGAUUUCAUAUUCCUGAUCCGUCAAAGGUGUAUGAGCAGGACCCUUGUGAUACAGAUAAAAUACAAAAAAGUAAUCAAAGAGAAGAUUGGAAAAAAUAUAGGAAAGAAUAUUGUCAGCCCGUGCAAUUUAGGGUAUUAAAUGUUGUCCGACACUGGUUAGAUCAUCAUUUUUACGAUUUUGAAAGAGAUCCAGAAUUGUUGCAAUUAUUAGAAGACUUUUUAGAAUCAGUUGGUAGCCAAAACAUGAAAAAGUGGGUAGACAGCGUCAAAAAGACAAUUAAAAGAAAGAAAGAAAAUGAUACGCAGCGGCACAAAAAUGCCUUUGUCGAACGGCCUCCACUUAUCGAGUGGCACAUACAUUGCAACGAGGAAGAGUAUGGAUUACUAACAUUACAUCCGUUAGAAAUUGCUCGACAGUUGACCAUUAUAGAAUUUGAUUUGUAUCGGAUGAUUAAGCCAAGUGAAUUAGUAGGCACGGUCUGGACCAAGAAGAACAAAGACUUGACUAGUCCAAAUUUACUAAAAAUGAUUAAACACACAACAAAUUUUACCAGGUGGUUGGAGAAGAAUAUUGUAGAGGCCGAUAAUUUUGAGGAGAGGGUGGCAAUUGUGAAUAGGAUAUGUGAAAUUAUGAUAGCUUUAAAUGAAAUGAAUAAUUUUAAUGGCGUACUUGCAAUUAGUUCUGCAACUCAAUCCGCUGCUGUCCAUCGUUUGCGGUUUACGUUUCAGGCAAUCACGCAACACUAUAAGAAAAUAUUAGAUGAAUGCAGUAAGGUCGAUGAUCAUUUCAAAAAAUAUCAAGAAAAGCUUAGAUCUAUUAAUCCUCCAUGUGUACCAUUUUUAGGAAUGUACUUAUCUAAUAUUCUUCACAUAGAAGAAGGAAAUCCUGAUUAUUUACCGGGAACUCAAUUGAUAAAUUUUUUCAAACGGCGAAAAGUGGCAGAAAUAACCGGUGAAAUACAGCAAUAUCAAAAUCAGCCGUAUUGCUUUAAAGUGGAGCCACAAAUAAGAAAUUUUCUUGAGAAUCUCAAUCCGUUUGCGGAUAUGUCCGAUACAGAUAUUCAAAACUAUCUAUACCAAAAAUCGAUGGAAAUUGAACCUAGAGGUUGUAGGCAGUUGCCAAAAUUCCCAAGAAAAUGGCCUCAGUUGAAUUUGAAAAGCCCUGGAAUUAAGCCCAAAAGAAGUGCUGGCAGUGUAGUGGCAAAUGCUGUAAAUACAAUGAGCUCUACAAUCAAAAGUGAUGACAGUAAAAGCGAGGACUCUUCAAAAAGUGACAAUGAUUUCAGUGUAUUUGCUCCGGUUCAAUUAGGUACCGGGCAAAGCAGUCCUACACUAAGUCCAAACUCUCCAGCAGCUGCUUCGAAUUCCAGAAUACCCUGGUUUACACACACACGUAGCCCCAGUGUUAGCUCGGUGAUAUCUACGGCCUCUUAUAGACCUGCAAGGACUUCUGAAAGUGGCUCGAGCUUUUCUGUGCACUUAUCUCAUCGUCAUAGCCAUUCUACAAGUUCGACAGGGGCACCGAACAGCCCUGGAGCACCCCACACCCCUACUUCGCCUCAUCCACCUUCGUCCGCCGAACCAAACAGCCCAAGAUUGCCCCCGACACCGCCUCCACUUCCUCCAAGGCGUAGGAAAGACAGUCCCGAAAUUAAUUCACCUCAACAGGCGAAGCAAGCAGCCGAUGCCCCUCCGUUGCCCCCUAAAGACCAGUCACCGCCCCCUUUACCACCUCGUCGUGAACCCGGUGUGUCACCCAAUCAGCCUCCCGUUGGAUUUCACUCACACACUCUCCCUCACCCCGGUCACUAUUCGCAUUCGCAUUCGCACUCUGGCCACGCCCCUGCUGUUGCCCCACGUUUAAGGCCUACGCACGAGAGCCAACUUCACAUGCGUAGACACGCCCACAUUACACCGAGAACGAGUAUUCAGAUACUGCAAACAGCCAAUAGAGGAGUCAGCGUUCCUCCCGCCACAUCUCCGGCCAAACCACCUACGAUAUCGCCGCGUUACGGGUCAGGCAGUACAAGUGAGUCAAGUUCAGGUCAAAUCACACCUCAACUGCCUCCAAGACCUGCCGUUCGUUCUGCGGGCAUGACCUAUGGAACCAUGUUUCAGUACCCAAGUACUACCAAUACUUAGGUGAAAUGGGUAUUUUCAUGCUUCUUUAUCGACCUUUCAGAAGUUUCUUGAAACAGGGCCAGGUUCAGUUGAAUGUAAGUUUUUAAAACAUUCCAUUAAAAAAGUGAUUUAACUUUUUAAAUGCAAACUGAUUCUUAUCCGGUUGAUUCAAAAAUUUAAUAUUUUAUCCGGCGACUUUAAGUUGAAAUGCUGUUGGUUCUUUAUUGGGCAUAUGUGAUUUGAUUAGUCGAUUGCUAUAGGUAAACUUUGCAAUGGUGGUAAUGUUUUUUUUAUUGUGCAAUAUUAAAUUUUAUUUUUUGCGUAAUCUUAUUAUUUAGCUACUAAAAAUAAAUUGCAGGAAUGUUUGUGAGUGAUUAUAUACAAGUGGAAUAUGAUACCAAACCGCCUUUUUGCACAUCAAAUGUUGACUUAGUGUGUAAUAAGACUAGUACUCAGUGUGGGUUAGUGUUGUUAUAUGUGCUGUUAUUUUGUAGAACGCCCUGUUUUUACAACAUUUGCUGAUCAUUCAAGCAUUUGUUUGUAUUUUAAUCCCAUUUUUUCAUAGCGGAAAAGUUAUGGGAUUCAUUUUAGUUCUUUCUGUUAUGUUUGUAUGCAACUCUUCGGUAAUAUGCAUAGCGUUUUACCACUUUAUAUAAUAACCAGCAAAAUAGGUUAUAAUAUAAAGUGAUUAUUAUAAAUUAGUGAAGUAAAAUUGAAGUUGAACCAGCAAGUUCAACUACCGAUAGUGGCGCGGCGAAACGUCAGAUUACUCGGUCUUUUUUGUUGCAUUUUUGUCGUUGCAGCCGUAAAAUAUUUGAACAUUUUCUGUGUUUGUCGAGUUUUUUAAUAGAGGAAAUUAACUUAUAUAAUAAAUUGUUAAAAAAAAAUUGUCAAAAUAAUUAAUCAUUAUUAAUAAAAUGUUAAAAUACAACCAACGCGGAAUAAUAGUGUUAUAACUUCAAACUUAGUCUUAGUAGAUGCUUCAGUUACCAGAUUUGAACAUGAAAACAUAUUUUGCCAUCGGUGCCAUUAUUGUUUAAUAUCCAUAAUAUGACAACACUGAUCUACAAUACUAAUUACGUUUCUUAUUUUCAUUAAAAAAAUCACUGUUUGAAAUUAAAGAAAAAAUGCUUUACUGUUGAGAUUGAUUAAGGAAGUAGUAAACAAAUAAUUAUUAAGCCGCAUUUCUCCAAAAUACUCAAUAUAAUGCAUGAACUAAUUAAGAAUAAAUUAAUAUACUGUUUGUCUAAGUAGUGUGAUUUGAGAACGACAAUUGUACAGAUUACUUGCGGGAUGUGAUAACACAAAGUCAUUUGCAUGCCAAUUGUUUUACUUGCAAAUUGUUUAAAAGGGUAUAAGUAUAAGUUUUUCAGCUUGUGCUAAUUUGAUUAGUUAAUCAACAGUUUCUCGGCGUUGAAACGAUAGAAAAAUUAAACUAAAAUGCUUAACAACUUUCACAAAAUUUAUUAUAUUAUGAAAAAGAUUUGUAAAAUCAACCAUAUUUCACCCAGUGUUUGUAGAAGGUUAGAAAGUGUACACUUGUUGCGUGUUUUUUUGAACUAUACAUGACGCUUAUUCUAGAAAUCGAUACGCUUCUAAUCAGGAAUAACACGUUUGCAGAGAAGAUUCAAAAUAAUGUAAACAAUGUAAAGAAUUAUAAUUAAUGGCGGUUUUCAUUUACCACGCCGAUUUUUUAAAUGUUAGACAUUUUGAUCAGUCUAGAAUUAUUUACUAUUAAUUAAGUCAUGGAUGGAAAAUAAGUAAAUCACAAUGAGACUUUUUUUUAACAGCUGGCGGGCUUGAAUCUUUUUGCAAACACUUUUUUGUUAUCAGUACAAAAAAAAAUUCUAAAUACUGUGUAUAAAUGCGUGCAUUAACUUUUAACUGUAACUCGAGGUCGUGAUGAAAUAAGUGACUCCAUGAAUUUGUCGCACCUGUGAAAAGAAAUUUAUAUAUUUUCAUAAUAAAAUUCAUUAUUUUUUCUUGGACGUCAGAAUACAGAACAGUACAUUACAAAAUGAAUGUACGAACGAAUUGAAUAUAAUCUAUCCUAAAUUAAAUUUUACAGGUGGAUUCAAAUUAGUGGAUCACAAUAAAGGUAAUAGAAUAUGUAAAUAAUGAGGAUGAAAAGAGAUCUAAAAUUAGAAUCAGCAGUUUCAGUUAUCAAGAAGUCAUAUAGAUAAAUUUGAUAGAAAUGAAUUAUAUAGAUGCUUUCAAUAACAAAUUAUUUAAGGGAAAGUUUUAGUACAGCCAUUAAUCUUUAAAAGUAUUCAAUGACCUAUGGAUACACGUUGUGUAUAUAUUACUAUGUAUAUCAGUCAAAUACGGCUAAUGUACUGACUUUAGCCUCAUAUUUUUGUUUAGAACAAUAUUAUAAUGCAAAAAUUCUAAAUGUAUCCUACACGUAAAUUAAGAUAAGUUGUAGAUACAUAACACUAAAAGUGUAAUAUUUUCUUAUCUAGAUGUUCAUCAAAUGAUAACAUUGUAGAAUGGGUGGUCCGAAAAUAUCAUUCUUUACAAAUAUGAUAUACAAAUCUUCUCCUAGUGGUUAACUCACAAAGGUAUAUAAAGUCCGAAUAUAUCAAAUUUUGCCUUCGUUACAAUAAGUGUCUGAACAAUGGGUUUCAGCAUUUGUCAUCAUCGUUUUUUUUUGUCAGACACGUUCGUAAUAUUUGUUGUUACGCUCGGCGUAUUUUUUACCGCACUCAAUAAAUUCUAAAUUAUCUGCAAAUACUUUAUUCAUUAGCAGCUUAAUACUGUUAAAGAUUAACAUAAAUUAAUAGUUUCCAUUCGAAAUUUUUCAGUUUAGAAUUAUUUAGCUUUUUAUCAGUUUGCUUUCGUUUAAUAUUGCCACCUUCGACAUGUUCUUUAUCAUCAGAAAGUUGAAACGCUUGAUUAUACGGUUGGCUCUAAAAUUUUAAGAAAUUAUAAGUUACCUUACGUGUCGUUACGCCUAUACAUGCAUACAUCAAUAAUUGAUAUUUUCUAAGUAAAAUAUUGUAUAAUUUGAGCGUGCAGGAGUUAGAAAUUAAGUAAAUUAUAUUGGACAUUUUUCUAAGAUCCGUGAGCAUAUUUUGAACGAGUAUGUAUUCCGUUAUAGACUAUAAUUGGUUUACACAAAUUAGCGUUCGAAUGUUGUUUGAUUUUACGCCCGUUUCUGUUAUGUAUAAUCAAGGUACUGGUGGCUUUGACUUUAUAUAUUUUCCGAUUUCAAAAAUUACUUUUUGUGUUUUUAUAAAAAAAGUAUAUAUACUUGUAAUCUGUUCGUAUUUUUUUGUUCAAAUAUUUUUUGUCUGGAAAUAUUUUUCAUUUUGAGCAAUAGCCUGAUUCCAAAAAUAAGUUGAUAUUGGAAUGGAAUAUUCCAAUCUUGAACUACAUCUUGAGGAUUCAGAAUAUGAUCGCAGAUCUUAUAGAUUAUUAAAUUAAAUAACCCCUUGUACAUAUUUUGUAUAUAAAUGUGUCAUGUAUUGUAGAUGCCAAACGUUUGAUUUGUGGUUGUGGUCUUGAAUGUUUGCUUGGUCAUAGAUGUACAGAAUGUAUCAAUUUGAAUUUGAAACAUCACAAUAAUUUGCAGUGCUAUAAGGAACAAUUAAGUAUUACUUGUUAUUAUGAAAAUAAGUAGUAGCUAUAUAACUAUCGAGACCGCAAUGUGAAAUAUUACUCCCUACAACUAUAACGUAUGGAAUUGUAAAAAUAUUUUCCAGUUUGUAACAGAAAACACAAAGGAAUUGUUAAAGUUUGCAAUGUGGUUCAAAUGGCAUUCUAUUCGAUAUUUGUUAUUAACUGAAUAUUUAUUUGUAUCUUUUGUAAAUUAGCAAAGUUUAUUUGUCUGAAUAUUUUAUCGAAAUUAGAUUCAAAGGUGAUGACACAAUUGUAUUUUGAAGCACAUUGCAUCAAACCCUAGAUUGUUUUAAACUUUUUUUGUUUAUAUUGUUGGAAGCUUUUCUCCUCAAAAGUUAUGAAUAUACAAGAAGUUGGAUAUUUUUAUCUAAAAACCGGAGAAAAUCUUCCACAUUUUGUUUUAAUAUAAAUUGAUUUUUUUUUAAUCUGUGAUAGUAGAAUGAGGACCAUGUUUGUAAAAAUAAUUAAAAUAUAUUAUAUGCCCUUUAAUUAAGUACAAUUAAAUGUAUCAAUGUAUUGAAA